CGCACACUGAAGGAAGGCACAAUACGUAAACAUGUCUGGUCUACUGUGGACGUUACUUUUACUGGUGGCUGCUGUCUGUGUUAAAGUGUUUAUAGUGGACCAGAGGGCUACUCAACACAGGGAUUAUAUGAUAGACAGAUUCAAUGCAUCUUACGACUUCAUUAUAGUCGGUGGUGGCACCGCUGGUUGUGUGGUGGCCGGGAGGUUGUCAGAGGACCGUGACGUCACGGUGCUGCUACUGGAAGCGGGGGAGAACGACCUGGGCAACAAUAACGUUCGAAUACCUGGGCUGGCUUUCCUGACGUUGAACAGUAGUGUGGACUGGGAGUAUUACACGGAGCCGCAGGAUGGGAAGUAUCAGGGACUUAAAGGAGGCAAAAUCUACUGGCCCAGAGGUAAGGUCAUGGGCGGUUCUGGAAGCUUAAACGGCAUGCAGUGGGUCCGUGGUUCCAGACACGACUACAACAGGUGGGCUGAUUACCUGGGAACCACUGACUGGGACUACAGACACGUCUUGCCUUACUUCAAGAAAUCUGAGGACAUGAACAUACCUGAGCUAAGGGAUUCAGUGUAUCACGGAAAAGAUGGGCCGGUUUCCGUCAAUUAUGCUGACCAUUUGCCUAUCGCUGGUCACUUAAUUGAGGCAGCAAAAUCAACAGGAUUUCCGUUCAACCCGGACUACAAUGGGGACACUAUGGAAGGAAUAUCCUACUCACAACUCAACACAAAGAACAGCGAACGUUGGACAACAAGCCAGGCUUACAUCCACUCAGACUCGAGCAGGUCAAACUUACACGUGUCCACUCACUCACACGUCCAGAAGGUAAUUAUUGAGAACAAUAAGGCAACGGGUAUCGAGGUAAUAAAACAAGGCCGCAAAUAUAUCGUUCAUGCCACAAAAGAAAUCAUCUUGUCUGCAGGGUCUGUAGGCUCUCCACAGAUUCUCAUGUUGUCCGGCAUUGGCCCUAAAACACAUCUGGAAAAUAUGAAGAUUCCUGUUAUAGCUGAUUUGCCUGUGGGAGAAAACCUACAAGAUCAUGUUUUGUUUGACAUGAGCGUCAGCAUCAAACAGCCCUUAACUGCCAGUUUGGAGACGAUCGGAAGUUGGUGGUCGAUUCUCAAGUACACCUUGUUUGGAACAGGACCCCUCAGCUCCCCAUAUGUCAUGCAGAACAUGGCUUUUAAGAGCACGACGACAGCAACUAGAGAAAAAGAUUGGCCAGAUUUGCAGCUACAUUUUGUUCAUCUGUUGCCACAUACAUAUGCGCUGAAAUACAACUAUGCUGACCACGUUAAUACACAAAUGACACCAAGGAACUCCGAGAAGUAUGGAUUUAUGUGUUUACCAUCUUUACUUAGACCGGAAAGUAGAGGAAAGAUAACUCUGAGAUCGAGUGAUCCGUUUGAUUACCCGAUUAUCGUUCCUAAUUAUCUAGACAAGCAAGAAGACGUAGAUUUGUUAAUAAGGGGUGUUCAUGAAUGUGAACAGAUUGUGAACUCUGAAACAAUGAAAUCGCUUGGCGCUGAAUUCACGGAGAAGGAUCCUGCCUCUCCAUGUAAACAGCACAGGUUCAAAUCCAACGAGUACUGGGAGUGUGUCCUAAGGCUGAGACCACUGACCAUCUACCAUCCUGUGGGGACUUGUAAAAUGGGACCAGACGGUGACUCCACCUCGGUCGUAGAUCCACACUUUAGAGUUCGUGGUAUAUCAGGCCUCCGUGUGGUAGACGCCUCUGUGAUGCCAUGGAUUGUGUCAGGGAACACAAAUGCUCCUGUUGUUAUGAUAGCUGAGAAGGCUGCGGACAUGAUUAAAGGGAAACAACUACUACCCCCUAGUGAUUUAUAAAUAUAACACAAUUUAUAUAUAAUUUUUUUUUAACUUUUUUGUUACUUUCUAUCUUUUAAUUA